AUGACAGGCACGACAAGGCUAGUAGAGUCCUUCAGGGAGAUUUUCUCCAGUGAAGUGUUGCUCCUACGAGCUCCCUUCUAUCUCUGCGCGCUGCUCGGCGUCUACUCAUGGUCCUUCGGCUGGCUUAUCAUCCUCGGGCAGGUGUUUGUAUACGCAGUGAUCAGGCCGAGGAGAAACUCUCUACCGAAACUUUACAAGGAAUCGACCAAGAGAUUGUCUGAGAAGCGAUCGUUCUGCCACCAUGGCCGCUGGAUAGAUGGAUACGAGCACGUCACGCGUGAGGAGGAGGAACUUGAGCCGCAAGGGAAGUUGCACCUGUCGGUCAUCGGUGCAAAGGGGCUGAGAUCCGCUGACCGAUUUGGAACAUCCGAUCCUUACUGCAAAGUACUGCUGAGACACAAUGGAAUUGACUCUCAGAGUCAUGAGACUCCCGUCUGCUACCGCGACUUGUCGCCGAGCUGGCACUCGGCCGACUCUCUUGCAUGGCAGUUUGUGGUCGUCGAGGAGAUGGACAGCCAACUCCACCUUGAGAUCUUCGACUACAACAAGAUCAUGAAGCACACGUCCCUGGGCUACGUCGACAUUCCUAUCGAAACUCUCCGGACAGGUGAGGUAGAAGAAGUCGAGCACAAGCUGUUGGUAGAGAUUGAAGGGCGCAUUGAUGGGAAGGGAAAAUCGGCGACAGGGAGCGUGACGAUCAAGUACAAGUACGAGCUGCUGCAGAACGAGUUUGCAGCGACGCCCAAGAGGAGGAACUCUCAGAGGCUCAAGGCGAAACCGCUGAUGCAAGAGCAAGAGCCUGUCGCAAAGCCUUCGAUGUUGGUGGUGAUGUCGUACGUUGUACUGGAGACCUACGCGCAUGUUGCCUGCGGGAUGAUAGCUGCAUACUUCUUCGGGCACUACAACUUUGACAUUCUCCUCCUUGCGCUUAUCGUUGAGAUGCUCUUGCUGAUGGAGAUGAGCUGGAGCUUUCUGGAUGUUCAGUGUUCUAUCGGUCUGAACCCGCUGGUUUGCAAGUCCGUCAAAUCGAGAAGGAGGAGCGACAAGCCCGGGCUUGCGUUCGAGUUGGACAUGGACUUGGAGCUUGCUAGCGAUCUCUAUCUUCAAGUUGACUUCUUCGUCUUUCCCCUCCUCUCUGUCUCCAACUUGUACCUGUCUGCGAACUUACGUGCGUCGCUCACCUUCAUCGAGAUUGACGACCGAGACCCUGACGUCUGGCCCCAGCCGACGCACCUUGACGUUGGAUUCUAUAGCAGGCCGGAUAUUGAUGUUCAAAUCAAGUUGUUUGCUCUCUUCGAUAUCUUUUCUCUGCCUCUUAUGAAUCUGGUCAAAAAAUUCGCCAUCGAUUACAUCUGUAAGAUGAUGGGCCCCAACAAGAACGGACAACUACAAACCCUCUGCAUACUCGAUGAAUCCUACGCACAGUGGCUGUACGAUGACGUCAACCAGCGAAGGCUCGGCAAGUGUCUCCCCUACGAGAUCUGCGAGGAGGGGCAGGAGGAGUACCUCCUCCUCGUUGUUCGCGUCCUCUACGGCACAAACCUGCCUGCCAUGGACUCGCUUGCAGGCUCUAGCGGCGCCUGCUGCGUGAUCCGAUAUGGGACAGGGCAGGGCAGGGCAGGGCAGAGAAGAGCAGAGCAGAGCAGAGAGCAGAUCAGGAUAGGAGCGGACGAGAAAGGAAGAGACAGCAAGGAGUUCACUACCCGAGCCAUCUCGUCCUCAACGCAACCAGUGUGGAACGAGGAGUUCGCCUGGCUGACAAGAUCCAACAACGAGAUCCUCCAUGUCGAUUUGAAGGAGCACAGCAAGACGGGUCAGCGCGUCGUCGGAAGCUGGUCGAGCCGCUUUUCUUCCCUCAGGUCUCAGCUUCCUGACCUCCAACCUGGGAAGCCAGCACUGUACAAGAUUCUCGAUCUUGGUAAGGACAAAGGGCAGAUUCACAUCACGAUCAGGCUCUUUCCACAAUCUUCUCCUCCUCCCCUCCCCUCCCUCCUUCAAGACGCUUCUAGCACAAACACUCCUCCUCCUGUUUCUGCUGCUCCUGCCCUCCAGCUCACUCGGAUAGCGCUGAGAGAUCAUAGCAACUUCAGCCGUCCAGGUCUCCUUCACAUUCAACUCGUCAAGCUCACAAACUUGAACGGCAACGGGAAGUCGAGCAGAGCGGACGCGUACGUGAAGAUCUUUGUAGGGAGCAAGAACAACUUGACGAACGGGAGCAUAAGAAGCUCUUACAACAACUCGGAGAUGAAGCAAUCUAUCACCAAAUACAACAGCAUUAAACCGACUUGGGACAUUUCAGAUGGACAGUUCAUCUUCUACCUCCAGCAGUCUGCCUCUGACACAGCUGUCAUUGCCCAAGUGUACGACAAAGACACGUUCUCCUCCGACGACUUCCUGGGAUUCGUUGCUCUCAAUCUCGGAGAUCUACAGGCCAACAAUGCAGCCACAAGGUUUCGGACGAACAAGAACCGAAUCGCUCAGCCCUUGAUGAAUGAGAAGAGGCAGCAGAUCGCCGGCAACAUCAUACCAGGGCAGCCUUCUUGUAUGCACCUCAUCUUGGAGUUCACACCCGACAUGGAAGUCGUUGACAGGCUUGAGGUUCGUGUCCUUCGUGCUCAUAACGUCCCGAGGAUGGACUACAUCGGUUCCUCCGAUCCCUUCGUUGAGGUUUGGCUCACCAAGCAACGAGAUGAUGCUGAUGAUUACGGAAUCGCCAUCCAGCAUCAGGUCCGAAAGGCCACCAGCACCAAGAACAACACCACCGCUCCCGUAUGGGAAGGGGAGAGCUUCGUCUUCUACCCCGACUCGUUGACGGAGCAGAUCUGUCACAUCAUGUACGACGAGGAUCGGCUCUCCUCUCCCAGGGAGAUCGGGCGGAUCGCCUGCUCUGUCUGUGCCUUCUCCUUCUCUCCGCCCUCCUGCUCUGAUCCGGGAACGCAGAUCGAGCAGCUGGCUGAGCAGGCGAUGAGGACGGAGGGCAGACUGUUGAGGAGAUUCACACUGCAGCACAAGCUUGCCUGCCGGAUCUCCAGCAAGCUCGACCUCAUCCUUGAAGUGGAGUACAACAUCCGUGGCCCCAUGGACUUUCUCUGGAGGAGGGCGCAGGCUCUCGAAGAAGAUGGCGCCGGUGCUGUUCGACACAUGGAGGGACAUGAGAGGUAUUGCAUCACAAUCGAUGUAGACCGUAAGGGAAUGGAAGGCUGUGUCUUUAAAGCUUGGAUGAUGUAUGCUGUGCUCUACUCCUCUGCUUGCUGA